AUGCCUUCACCACCAAAACCGUGGGAACGAACAACAAAUACAAAUGGCUCUUCAAGAUUAACCAGUACACCACUUACUGCAGAACCGGUUUCGCUCGAUGGUACAACGGCACCUGCUGUUCCCGCCAGACCGUCAACUAUGAGCAGCAAUACAGCUGUACCAGCAAUUAACAGAGGAUACGGUGCAUAUGGCAGUGGUGCCUAUGGUAGUGGUGCAUAUGGUAGUGGUGCCUAUGGUAGUGGUGCCUAUAGUUCAGGAUAUUCACCGUAUAGCACAUAUGGAGGGAUGAAUUCAUACAACUCACAUAGUGGUUACAGUCCUUACAAUCGAUAUGGAACAUAUUCCUCUGGAUAUUCACCGUAUAGUCGUUAUAGUAGCUACGGAGGUGGUGGUUAUAGUGGCUAUGGAUCAUAUGGCUAUAACAGAUACGGAACAGGUGGAAUGAUGGGUGGUCCUAACGGGCCAAUAAAUCCCGAAGAGAUUCCAUUAACGCAACGCAUGGAAGCCAGCACAUCGGCCGGUUUUCAUAUGAUAGAGUCGGUGGUGAAUGCAUUUGGCGGGUUCGCAUCAAUGUUAGAAUCGACGUUCUUUGCCACCCAUUCCUCGUUUAUGGCGAUGGUUGGUGUGGUUGAGCAGUUUGGGAAUCUACGUAACUACCUGGGUCAGAUAUUGAGUGUGUUUGCGUUGGCUCGAUGGUUGCGUAAAAUAUUUUACAAGUUAACUGGUCGAGCGCCGCCCGUCAACCCUAAUGAAAUAACCUCAGUUCACUUUGAGCAAUUCCAAGAUUCUCGACGAUCUCGUCGACCUUUGUUCUUUUUUUUACUCGCGAUAAUCGGCAUCCCAUACGCAAUACACAAAAUUAUUCAAAUUCUUUUACGUCGUUACGAAGCAAAACAUAUGAUCAAUACCCCAAUUCCCGCGUCAUCAUUUCCCGAUGAAACCCAAGGCCAGAUGAUUAAACAAUCAACAACCUCUGGUGCGGUAUCGCCACAAAACCUGGAGUUCUGUCGUGCGCUUUAUGAUUUCCAAGCAGAGUCACCCGUCGAGUUGAGUUUCAAACGUGGUGAGAUUAUCGCAAUACUUAGUAAGACUGAUGCGUGGGGACAACCAUCGGAGUGGUGGCGAGGUCGUGUACGUAAUGGAAGUCAGGGAUUGUUCCCGUCUAAUUAUGUGGAGAUUAUUAAUAAAGGUGGUGGCAGUAUUAGUGGUGAUUCAGACACGAAGAAUCCUGUACAAAGUUGA